CAUCACAGCUGCUGGGAGCCUGACACCAAAUGUGAUUUAAAGAACUGAAAUGAUUAUUCACUCACUAGAAUGAAAAUACAUAACCGUUCAGAAGUUUUAUCAAUUCUUCAGUAUGUGCACAUUGAAAAAAAAUAGAUGUCAAGUGAGAUUCUCAUUUGUAACAAUGUUUUGGUUUUAUCUCUAUGCUCAAUCUGAAGCUACUCCGGAUUUCUCGGGGUACCUUCUAAAAAUUCUACAGAACCACACAGCUCAUGCGUGUGAUGGAGAUCGCCUGUCAGUAAGCUGCCCACCUCAGACAUCUAUUAGCAUUCUGUCUGCUUUCUAUGGUCGCCGUGUUCCCAGUGAAUAUCUGUGUCCCGGUAAAACGAACUCUUCUGCUGAAAGCACCAAUUGUGCUGCCCUCACUGCUAUACCGAAAGUGUAUGAUGAGUGUCAAGACCUACGCUCCUGCCAGUUUUCAGUUAACAGUCGGGUUUUUGGACUUGAUCCCUGUCCUGGGACCAACAAAUAUCUGAUUGUUUCAUAUAAAUGUAAGCCUGAUGGACACAAAAGCAAGCUUGCAUGUGAAAACGAAGAAUUACAACUCCAGUGUAAGAACCAAACCAUCCUUGUCCUAUAUGCUGCAAGUUUUGGACGAGUCCUCCAUGGGAAUAUGGAAUGCCCCUCUGUGAAUAGUACAACGCCAGAUAUUGAGUGCUUGUCACCUAUAGCUCUGAAACAAGUGUCAUCAAGGUGUCAUGGCAAACCGAAUUGUUCCAUCAUUGCCAGUGUUCUGAGUUUUGGUGAUCCCUGUUUCCCUGGAGUCCGCAAACAACUGCAAGUAUCAUACACAUGCGUUCCAAAAAAGCUGUUUGAAGAAACUGGUCAAGGAGCAGUGAAGCCAUUCCUAAUAUCGGAUUACACUCAUGGUGGUUGGUAUAAAGGCCCAAGAAUAUCUAUGCUUUAUGCCAAAGAUGUCGUGAUUGUUAGCAGUUCUCUGGCCACUUUUGCCCACCUUAGGGGUCUCCCAGAGAAGGCAGCACUAUACUUUGUGUCAGGCGUUUGUUCUGGCUUAGUAUUCAUCCUCUGUGCUAUUGGAUUUCAUAUGUUGGUGAGACAUGAUCUUAGGAAACUCCUCAGAGAGCCAGAAGACAACCAGGAGUGUGAAAAUGGACACACCAAGAUUUCAGAUGACGACGAUGAUGAUGCUUCCUCUGAUGUCUCAUUUAGACGGUUGACCAGACAGUACAGGACCUCAGACAAUAUCUUCAGCCCUGAGGUAGCAGCUGUAAUGGUAGACAGAGUUGAACAGAAAGAACAACGGGAUGAGGAAAUGUGGCUGAAUAAAGAAUCCAGUCCCUAUGCAAUUCAGAACCUGAAUCAGCAUCCAAGCUGAAAAUAAGAGCUGGGAGGAAUUAUACUGAAAGAUAAAGAUGAUGUAAACUUGAUGAUUAAAGUUUGAGAAUUUUAUGAAAUAGACUUGAUUGAGUAGUGAUGAUAUUUGAAGAAGACAAAUAUUUGAAUCUAGUGCGAGAAAAAUUAUAGAAACCAGGAUACAACUUUCAUAGUACUGACCACUGGGUCACUCUUUUCUGUUUUAUCACUUCCUUUGCUUUCUUGACUUGAAUGUUUUUUCAUGAUUUUCUUAUUUUCCUUUAAACUGUAUCCUUUAUUCUGUGGUUAAAGGACCUUCAAAAAUAGGAGCAGCAAUAGGCCAUUUGGUUCACUGAGCCUACUCCACCAAUCAACACGAUCAUUGCUCAUCCUCUCUCUCUAUAUCAUAAUCCCUCUCUCUCUCCCCAUACUCCUUUACAUAUUUAGUUUUUGGAAAUAUAUCUUUAAUAUCUUAUUUAUGUUCAAAAUGUUUGUCACUACAGCCUUCUGCAGCAGAGAAUUUCACCCCUGUCCACUAGAACACUAUUCACUGAACAAAGAAAAUUCUCCUCAUCUCAGUUGAAAAAGGCUACUGUUAUCCUGAGGCUGACUCCUCAUUCUGGACGUCAGAUUGUCCAGGUCUGUCAGAACUUUAACACAUUUCAAUGUGAUCCCCACUCAUUCUUCUAAACUCCACUGAACACUGUCCCAAUCACUUCUGAAACAACAAAUCUGCCGUGCCAGGAAUGAGACUAGUGAACGUUCCUGCACUCCUUCAAUGGAAAGUAUAUCUUUUCUACAGUAAGGAGACUAAAAUUGCACACAAUAUUGUAAUUGCAGUCUCAUCAAGAUCCUUAAAUCUAUAUUUAAGACUUCCUUGCUCCUGUACUCAAAUCUGUUUGCAAUGAAGGUUAACAUACUAUUUGCCUUCCUUACUGCUUGUUUUAUCUGCAUGCCUGCUUCCAAUGACCAGAGUAAAAAGACACUCAUGUACCUUUGAAUGUCAACAUUUUCCAAUCUAUCCCUAUUUAAAUCAUUUUGUACUUCCAAUUUACUCUACCAGUUCACAACACAUUUACAGUUAACCAUUUUAUACUGCAUCUGCCAUCUAUUUGCCCACUCAAUGUGUCUAAAUGGCACUGAAGUCUCCUUACAUCCUCUUCAUCACUCAUACUCCUACCUAGUUUUUUUGUUGUUAUAAAAUUUGAAAUGUUUACACUCAAUUCCCUGAUCUAAAUCAUUGAUUACAUAUUGUGAAUAGCUGGGGCCCCAAGAACUGAACCCUGCAGUUCCCCACGUAUCACCAUCCUCUGAACAUGACCCAUUUAUUCCUACAGCUUCCUGCCUGCUAACCAAUUUUCAAUAAAUGCCAGUAUGUUAACACUGAUCUCAUGUCCUGUACUUCUGCACAAUAACAUCUUAAGUUUUCAUUAAAAACAUACUGAAAAUCUAAAUACACCAUAUCCACUGAUUCACCUUCAUCUCUUCUGCUAAUCAUGUCCUUAACAAUACCAAUUGCCAAUCACUAUUUCCCUUUCAUAAAUUCAUGUUAACUUUGUGUAAUACUUUGAAUUUUGUUUUUGAAAAGUGUCCUGACUUUACAUCCUGUAUAAUUAACUCCAGCACUUUAUCUAACACUGACAUAGGCUAACUAGUAUAUAAUCCCUGCUUUUCUCCCUCCCUCCUUUUUUAAACAGUACAGUUAGAUUUACCAUCCUUAACUGUUCCAGAAGUACAAAAGUUUGGAAGAUGACAACGAAUGCAUCCACUAUUUAGUAUUCUGCAAUGUAGAUGUAGAUUAAUUGACAUGCUUGCCUCUAUUUCUCACCUUGCUCCUCUUGCGUGAGAGUUGUCAACACUGGUGAGAUGUUUCCUUAAAGGUAAUAUUAUACAAUCUCCCAAAUCCAACUGUCUACCCCAUUGCAAAUUUUCUUCUAAUUCUAUUCAUGGUAAUUCUGUUAUUAAAGAAAAUGGAGCAUAAAAACUCCCUGACACCUGUCUGAAGUUGAACCAAGCUUUAAAAACCAAUGUCCAAGAUAAACGUCACACCAUAUAUCAGUAUCCACUCAGCCUACAUCUACUCCCAUAAAUUGGUUCAACUCGUCCCUGUUUUAGCUCAUCAGCUGCUGGAACCUUCAGCCAUGCCUUUGUUGCCUCUGGAGUUGGUUUUCUAAGAUCCUCUUUGACGUCCUCCCAUUUUCCAUUAUUUAAUAACUGAAGCUCAGCCAAAAAGCUGGUGCCCACAUGCUAACUCACCCCUGUGCUUGCUGCUCUACAUUGGUUUCUGGUUUCAGCAACUUCUUGAAGGUUAAAAUUUAAUCCUCAUUUUGAAAUUGCCUCUCGCUAUACCUGUGGCUUCAUCUAGCCCACCACUGUCUGAAAUGAUCAGGCAUUCAUUUAAUUCUGACCUCUUGAACAGCCUCAAAUGUUAAUUCAUUCACAAUUGAUGGCUGUACAUUCAGCUACCUUGGUCCCAAUUCCCUCCAUAAACCUCAUCCGCCUCUAUCUGACUUCCAUUUUUUUUUAAGUUGCUCCUUAAAACCAACUUCUUUGACUAAUGUCAGGGGAGAUGGCAGCUUAGUGGCAGUGUCACUGGGCAGGUGAUUCUGAAGCCCAGGCUCAUUCCCUGGAGCAAUGAACUCAAAUUCCACCAUAAUAACUGGUGGAUUUAAAUUUAUUUAAUAAAAUCUAGAAUUCAAAGCUACCUUCAGUAAUGUUGAAAUCAUUGCAGAGUGCCAUUAAAAACUCAUCUAGUUCACUAAUGUCCUUUAGAGAAGGAAAUCUGCCAUCUUUUCCUGUCUAUGGCUCCAGUCCCACAAAAGUUUAAUUGAUUCUUAACUACCCUCUGAGAUGAUUAAAUAAACCACUCACUUGAUGAGCAAUUAAGGAUGGGCAAUAAAUGCUAACCUCGUCAUCAACAUCCAUAUCUUAUCAAAGAAUAAAAAACUUCAGGUUAUCUGCAUUAUAUAACACUUAUUCCACCAUCCUCAUACUCAAAAUAAUUAGAGUUCAUAGAAGUUUCUUCCAAAAUUAGAAUCUCUAUAGCAUCCCAAUAUCAACUUGAGCUUUCCUGCUAUUCACCUCUCCUGUAAAUCUUUAGAGCUUCAUUCUCAGACACUGAAGAAACAGUUGGCUUGUCAGUGGUGUCCAACUUUGUGAGAAGGAAGGUAGGAACCCAGAAAUUUGAAAUUGGGAGGAAUGUGUGAUAAAUUGAAUUAAAAUGCGUAGGUUACUCAGGUUAUAUUCUCACAGGAAUAACGCCUUGCAUUUCACUUCUUACAUUUGAAUAUCCAAUCACUAAUAACAAAACAAACAUAUACAUGUAACACUACGCAAAUGUGCGAGAAGCUACUAUUUUUCAUAUUGCAUUCUUCAAAUGGGCAAAAUUUUAAAUGACUGAAAAAUGAAAAGCACUGCAGGUGUGGUUGUGUGGUGCCAUGCAGCUUUAAAAUCCUUUGCAGCAAAACAAAAUGUCCAACAUUAAAACAAGGAAUUCUUGAUUGUAAUUAAGCAGACUGUUUGUAAAAAUGCCAGAUUUUAUCUAUUCAGCAAAGUUGUAAUCUAUUUUAGCAAAGUGUGCAAUGUAACAGGAAAUAAUAGCUGAAACCAUGUGAUCUUUGUUAUUACAAUAAAACAAUUAUUGGCAUAAAUCAGUUUAAAGGUGCUAUUCUGAGUAUGGAUCGAAUAAAUAUAAUUGGAAAGUAAUGUGCAAUUUCAUGCAUUUGUCUGAAGAACACCUCCCUGCCAAUUUAAUUGUGUUGCUAACCUGGCUAAAAUAAACAUAUUUUUGCCUCUUAAAAGAAAAAUUUAGAUGAAUGUUCUAAUUUCUUAAAUGUUAAAAGCUUCCAGAUAUAUCAAUGAAUGAGUAUAUUUGCUCCUCCUGGUGGAAUGGAGCAAUUUCUCUUUUUUGUAUUAUUACUAUGAAACUCGUGAUUUUGU